UAACGUAAUCCAGAGAGGCAGGGACCCUGUCAAAUUCAUACUAGUGCAGAAGCAGUGUAUUUCUAGCAAUGGCACAGAGCAUAUGUAUUGUUGAUACUACUAAUGCCAUGUUCCUUUCUUCGUUUAUCUAGCGAACGGUGUACACUUCAAUUAUGGAGUUUUAAAACAAGCCUUGUGUGUGCUUUGAGGGGAAAGGGUCCCUUUCCCCUCAAGUUGAUGGUUGGACUGCUGGGUGAGAAGAUUGGGGGAAUUCCUUUUGUAACUUAUUUGAAGAACAAAUAGAUGAGACACUAUUUUUGCAAAUAUUGAAUUGUACAGUUUUGUAUAUAAACAGGUGGUUUUGUUGUUGGAAACUGAGAUGCAAGUGUAUGAAGCAAGUGCCUUGACUUGUAUUCAACAUUUUGUCGAAAUGGUAGACUGAACAAGUCUCACACAGUCGCUGGGGUCGCUAGGGUGCAGUGGAACCUCAACACAGGCACAAUUCUAGCACUCCACAACCAUCUCGACCUUUGUAUUUUUUGGUAUAGAUUUAAUGCACUGAUCGCCACUGAGAGUAGCAUUGUUUCAGUUUACAUUGUCAUUGUGACCCUGUAUUUGUGCGUUGCCUUUGAUUUACUUUUAAUUUUCGGAAAGGCAGCAGGGUUUAUUGUGGGGAUUUGGGAUUGCUCAGGAUGAGUCUGGCAUUGCCGGACUGCACCCCAAAAUGUCGCUCACUGCAGCAUGCAAAUGAGGCGGUAGCGGCAAUAACGGGUGGCUCUGAAGGGCGGCUGCGAGCUUUCUUAACCUCACACUGCCACAACGCUGCAAUUUUGCGGGAUGAAUUCGGUCGCACAGCAUUGCAUCUGGCCGCUUCACUGGGAAAGAAGGCCUUACUGGAGUGGCUGCUGGAAAGUAAGAACGCUGACUUGACUGUAAAGGAUAAGGAAUCAGGCUGGACUGCUCUUCACCGCAGCGUCUUCUAUGGACAGAUCCACUGUCUUCUUUCCCUGGUCAAGCAUGGUGGACUCCUGUCCACUCAGGACAAGGAGGGUUUCUCUGUCCUGGACUUGACAAUGAAGGAUCGACCGGCUCAUGUUAUCUUUAGAAACACUGAUCCGACUGAAGUUUACACAUGGGGAAACAAUACAAACUUCAGCCUUGGGCAUGGUAAUCAAGACAGUCGACAGCACCCCGAGUUAGUGGAUGUCUUUACCAGGACUGGUAUUUACAUUAAGCAGGUGGUGCUAUGCAAAUUCCAUUCAGUCUUUCUGUCUCAAAAAGGUCAAGUAUUCACAUGUGGACAUGGGCAAGGAGGACGACUUGGCCAUGGAGAUGAACAGACCUAUCUGGUUCCUCGGAUGGUGGAGGGUCUGAUGUCCCACCACUGUUCCCAAGUCGCAGCAGCAAAAGACCACACUGUGGUGUUGACUGAAGAAGGUUAUAUUUAUACCUUUGGCCUCAACACCUUCCACCAGCUCGGCUUGGCUCCUCCCCCGGCUUCGGCGCAUGUUCCUAAACAGGUGUUUUCCAAGACACUGAAAGGGAGGACAAUCAUUGGAGUGGCAGCAGGCAGAUUCCACACAGUGCUGUGGACCAGGGAGGCAGUGUAUACAAUGGGACUCAAUGGAGGGCAGCUUGGUUACUUAUUGGAUCCCAAUGGGGAGAAGUAUGUAACAACUCCUCGGCAAGUAUCAGCUCUGCAUCACAAGGAUGUUGCUAUCGCAAUGACUGCAGUUAGUGAUGGAGCAACUGUGAUCGUGACAUUAAAGGGGGACGUCUACAUGUUGGCUGACUACCAGUGUAAAAAAAUAGCUUCAAGACAGUUGAACAUCAAAAAAGUCCUGGUCAGCGGUGGCACUCUGGACCAUCGUGUCAAUCCACAGAUUCUAAAUGAGGGAGGGGGAGAAAAAGUGUCCAUCUUGUCUCUAGAUGAAGCUGGUCGGGUGUUUUGCUGGCGCUCCUCAGUUAGCUCGGUGAGACAGUGCCGGUGGACGUAUGGGCGCCAGGUUUUCAUGUCGGACAUUGCUCUCAGCAAAAAUGGCAUGAUGUUUGUGACUCAGGAGGGGGAGGGUUUCAGUGGUGUGUGGGCUGGAGAAUAUAAAAAGUAUGGACAGAAAAAAGAGAUCAGUGUGGAGGUUUGUGGACAUUCAGAUGUUGGCACAAUGUUUGAGCGAAUUCGUCUGGAGAAGGUCCCUUACAUUCACAGAGCUGUCAGCAUCACUAUGGACUCCAGUGGCCGAAACUUUGGAUUGCUACAAGUUGAUCCCAAAGCAAGUUUAUAUGAGAUUCCAAGCAUUUCUCCAUCCUCAUUUGCCACACACUUCCGGAGCCUUUUGGAGGAAGCGGACGAAAUGGACAGCAUCCAUGAUGUAACUCUCCAGGCCGGCGAUCGCACAUUUCCGGCUCAUAAAUAUAUCCUGUCCAUGAGGUCCGAGUUCUUCCGGAAACAGUUUAUGGCUGACUGUUGUGAUAUUGACGAGGAGCUUGAGGUGGACGUGAGGAAGAGUCAAGAUGCAGUGGGUUGCGACUUGCUUAUUUUGGAGAAGAUUCCACCUGACAUGCUGGAGUAUGCCCUGCACUUCAUCUACACAGAUUCUUGUGAACUACUGGUGCAUGGGGGCCGACCGAGAUGCUCUGGAACCCUGAAUGAACAAAUCCUGGAUUCAGAAGAGAAGCUUAUCAGCAGCCUGCAGGAAUUGGGCCUAAGAGGUCGCUCAGCACUGGAAGUGUACCGCUCCCUUCCUCCUGCAGCUAGAGGAGAUGGUGAUAAGGACACAAGCAAGCGCUCCAAGCAUGGCAAGAAAGGGAAAGGUGGCAAAGGUGACAAGGGUGCCAACGAGGGAGCGGACAACCCGGUGAAAGCUUUACAAGGAGUUGCCAAGAAGCUUGGCUUGGGCAGCCUGUCUGCACGACUGGAUGGUGUCAAAUACGAGGGAGGGAAGAUCAAUGUUAUACAUAAAAAAAAUGCCAACAAACUUAAGUUCAUCCAAAAGAAAUGUUCAUACCUGUGUGACGUUACUCUCAAGUCAGAAGAUGGGAGAGAGUUUCUAUGUCAUAAAAGUGUCCUCUGUGCGAGACAAGAGUACUUCCACAGUAUGCUUGGCAACCCCUGGAUUGAGGCUACAUCCUGUUCUGCACUUGAGAUGCCCACCAGCUCAGAGAUUCUGCAAGUCAUUCUUGAGUACAUUUACACAGAUGAGUCCCCCACCAUUCAAGGCUCUUUGAAUGUGGCCUUUGUGUGCAACGUGCUAGUUGUAGCUGAUCAGCUGCUCAUCCUACGAUUAAAGGAAAUGUGCGAGGUCGUCAUCACAGAGAACUUAACUCUGAAAAAUGCAGCAGAGCUGCUGGAGUUUGCCACCAUGUACAAUGCAGAGCAGCUGAAACUCUCCUGCUUCCAAUUCAUCGUGCUCAACAUGGCAGCACUUCUGGAGUCAAAAGCACUGGACCAUCUUAGUGAUGAAGUGCUUGUGGAGCUUUCUGCAGCAUACAGGAAGAUGAUCCCAGCAAUGCAAAGAAGGGUUGUCACUCCAUACCCUGAUGCCCCAGAUCUCAGUACAUAUGAAGAUGAGGAUUUGGAUUCGGCCUUCAUCCCCAAAACAGAAGAAGAAUUGGAUCGAUCCAACAGGGAUGUACUUUUAAAGAAAGCCAAGAUUAAGGCAAAAAAAAAACCAAGGCGACGCUCUGACAGCUCAGGAGGCUACACUCUGUCGGAUAUUAUUCACAGCCCCCCUGCUGCAGUGGUUUCCCCUUGCUUGGUGAAGACAGGCAAGGGCACCUCCACAGAGUCACUGCAGGAGCUGCUCACAUCAGACUCAGAGAGUAGCUGCAUGGGGCUAGGCAGCCCCCGAGACAUGCAAUCACCAGUAUUUCAUGACAGAGCCGAGGUCAAUGUCAGAUUAAAGACCCCACCCAGUACCUUAACCUCAAGUAAUGGCCUCCCAACUCCCCCCAGCUCUGGUCCACAAAACAUCCCCAAGCUCCUUCACAGACCUGCCAAUCCACCUCCCGUCUUGGAUCUUAGAGCCAUCAUUGACAUGGAAGCCAACUCUGUGCAGACCAUCAAAGCAGCUGCCAAAAGCCCUGUGAACAUCAGCACCCUCAACAAACAUUAUCCCACUCCCACUAAGCUGUCCCAGAAGCAAAGGAAGAUGCUGGCAUUAGCCAGUAAGGAGACCAGUGUGGAGUCUACUGCAUCCAGACCCACCCCUACAAUCACGCCAUCCAAGAGCAGUAGUGGGAAGGCCUGGGCAACAGCAGUCCAGUCCCCACCCUCCUCAUGCUCAUUCCGGGCGCUACUGGAGGAGGAGAGCCAACUCAUCAGAGCAGGGCAGCCUGGAAGUCAGAGAAGCCCAGGUGCCCAAGGGUCCCCAGUAAAUCUUACACCUGUUAGUAGGAAAGUGACGUUCAGAUGUGAUGAGCGCAACAAGCUGGAGAAACCUUCAAGGCCCUGGGUGAUGGCAGCAGCGGGAAGCCCACCCCUCCCCUCCCUAGUGACCUUUGCUUCCAUUGUGGAGGAGGAGCGGCAGCAGGAAGCUGCACUAAUCCGCAGCCGAGAGAAACCGCUGGCACUCAUCCAGAUUGAAGAGCGAGCUAUCCAAGAUCUACUGUUUCAUUACAAGGCACGCGACAACCCCGAUGAGCUGAUCUUAGUGGAGAGAGCCUCCUCGGGUCCCAUGGCAGCUCCGAUAUGGAACAAACACUGAUUACUCCUCACUCCAUACCAGUGAAGUGAGAGGAUUAUUGGCAGUUUGUGCUGACCUCAUGCUCUCACAUUUAGAAAUCUAUGCUACUUUGUGCGCAGUGUUAUAUCAAAUUUUCCCGAGUUGCUCAUUGUAAUGUUAUUGUGGAUUACAGACUGAAUGUAGCCCUUUAAUGCUAAACGUGACCCAGCAGAGGCGCACUUUUUUGUUAGUUGGCUCCCAUGUCUUAAAAGCUUUCCAAUUGUUAUUCUAAUGGUAAGUUGUCAAAGAAACUGAAUGGAGAUUCUGGGUGUUUAAAUAGUAGAAGUUCUCCAUGACAUUGUGAAAGUUAAGCGUGCCAACUACAAAGUGUCAGUAUGUACGUUUUUUUCCACUGUGCUUUUUGUAAUUGACUCGGCUGCUAUGUAGUUGAUUUGCAGUGAUGUUACGAUCUCAUUGACAUCUGAA